GAUCCACAUGGUGAGCUUUGCACUGAGCGUGAGCACCGUUUGGACCCGACCGCUGGUUCAGGAGGCAGAGGACGUGCGCUAUGCUGAGGUGUAUUUAAGGAAGUUCUACCGUAUGCCAAUGAGUGGAGGUCCACGAAGCCCGAGGGACUUGAGCAGCCUGGAGAUGAAGUUGAGGGAGAUGCAGAACUUUUUUGGUCUGAAGGAGACUGGGCAACUCACCCCCGAGACACUCUUGGUCAUGAGGGAACCUCGGUGUGGGGUCCCUGACGUGGAGAACUUCAGCUUGUAUCCUGGUCGGCCUAAGUGGAAGAACCAUACAGCAACAUACAAGAUUGCAAAAUACACCACAGAUCUGCGUAGGGAGGAGGUGGAGCGUUCCAUACACGUGGCCCUGAACAUGUGGAGUGGUGCAGCAGACCUGGACUUCAUCAAAGUGGACCAUGGCGAAGCAGACAUCGUCAUCUCUUUUGAAACCAAAGUUCAUGGAGACUUCUUCCCCUUCGACGGGCCCAAGGGUGUCCUAGCACACGCCUUUGAGCCUGGAGACAACAUGGGGGGAGACGUACACUUUGAUGACGAUGAAAUAUGGAGAACGGGACACAGGAAACCAGGCUUUAACCUGUUGACUGUGGCCGUCCAUGAGCUUGGUCACUCCCUCGGCCUUUCCCACUCUAAAGACCCCUCUGCCCUCAUGUACCCCAAGUAUAAAAGGUUCUCCUUAACUAGCCCCAGACUGCCUACAGACGACACACUUGCAAUUCAGGCACUCUAUGGAAAGCGCAUCACGAAACCAGAAACUCCAACCAUCCCCAAAAAAUGCCAGCCCAACUUUUCUAUUGGUGCUGUGACGAUGCUUGGGAAUGAGAUUCUUUUCUUCAAGGGCAGUUCCGUGUGGCUAAGGACGCCAUGGAUGACGUCCUGGAGCAGAGUGAAAGAGGGUCUCAUAAGCACACUUCUCCCCAGUGUUAGAUCUGUGGAUGCUGCUUAUAACAUCCCACACACCGGUGUCACCUUCGUCUUCACGGGUCCUAAAUACUGGAUGGUUCAAAAGCUUAAGAUGAAAAGUUACGGCGGCUCAAUCUAUGAUUAUGGAUUCCCUACGACUGUGAAAAAAAUUGAUGCUGCUGUUCAUUUGAGAGAAUAUAAGAAAACCUAUUUCUUCACAGGACAUGUUUAUUACAGAUAUGACGAAGCUCUGAGUGUUAUGGAUUCUGGAUUUCCUCGUAAAAUCCAGUCUGAUUGGCCAGGUAUUGGGGAUAAAGUUGAUGCAGCUUUUCAGUUCAGAGAGGGAAGCAUUCAGUUUUUUUCUGGGUCAAAGGCAUAUAAUUUUGAUUACAGAGAGAGAAGAGUUCUUUACACCAUCAAAGCAAAUGCAUGGCUUGGCUGCUAAAACUGUACAGAUAGAAAAAAUAUAAUUUAUUUUGGUUGACAGUGGUUGUUGAAUUUUUAUUUGUCUAGUGUUCCAAUUUUAUAUGUAAUGAAUUAUCUGUAUUGUUAAAACAAAUUAAAUAAAAAUA